AUGAAACAGAGAAUCAGUGCCCUAGAUCUUCAGUUGCUUGGUGAAGAAUUGAAAAAUUCUAUUGAACAUCAUCGUUUAACUAAUAUCUAUAAUAUUUCUGACUCUAACAGACAGUUCUUGUUGAAAUUCAAUAGGACUGAAAGCAAAUGUAGUGUACUUGUUGACUGUGGGUUACGUAUCCACUCGACAACUUUCAAUAGACCUAUUCCACCUGCUCCAUCUGGGUUUGUUGUUAAAUUAAGAAAACAUUUAAAAUCAAAGAGAUUAACUGCUUUAAGACAAGUUAAAAAUGAUAGAAUUUUAGUUUUACAAUUUGCUGAUGGUUUAUACUAUUUAGUGUUGGAAUUUUUCAGUUCAGGUAAUGUUAUUUUAUUAGAUGAGGAAAAAAAAAUUCUAUCAUUACAGAGGGUAGUCCAAGAACACGAAAAUAGAGUUGGUGAAGUGUAUACUAUGUUUGAUGAUUCUUUGUUUAUAGGUGGUAAUGAAAAACCAAUUGCGGAUAAGCGAGAAUACACAGAAGAUUUGAUUGAAAGUUGGAUCAAUGAAGUCAAAGAAAAAAUUGCCGCUGAAGCAAAUGUUAUUUCCGAACCUGGGCACCAGAAGAAAAAACUAAGAGUGCCUUCAAUCCAUAAAUUACUAUUGUCAAAAGUCCCACAUCUAUCAUCUGAUUUAAUUUCAAAAAAUUUAAAGAAAAACGAAAUUGAUCCAUCCUUAUCAAGUCUAGAUUUCGUGGAUAAGAUUUCAAAGUUAAAUCAAUUAUUAGUAGAAACAGAAGAUGAGUAUACUGAUUUAUUGAAAAAUAGAUAUUCAAAAGGUUACAUCUUAGCUAAGAGAAAUCCAAAAUUUAUUGAAGAAAAAGAUUCCAAAGACACGGAAUAUAUAUAUGAAACGUUCCAUCCCUUUGCACCAUAUGUUGACCCUAACGAAAUUGACAUUUCAAAAGUUAUUGAAGUUGAAGGUCCAUAUAAUAAUACUCUGGAUUUAUUUUUUUCUACUAUAGAAUCUUCUAAGUAUGCAUUAAGAAUCCAAAAUCAAGAAUUCUUAGCGAAAAAAAAACUGGAUGACGCAGUGAAUGAAAAUCUAACCAAAAUCAAUGCCUUAAGAGAUAUUCAAUCGAUUAACGAAGAGAAAGGUGUCCUCAUUAUUGAGAAAGCUGACUUAAUUGAAGAAGUUAAGGGAGCAGUUCAGAGUUUAAUUGAUCAACAAAUGGAUUGGAAUGCCAUAGAAAAUAUUAUUAGAAAUGAACAAAAGAAAAGAAACAAUAUUGCAAGACUAAUAAUGUUACCAUUGAAUUUAAAAGAAAAUAAAAUAAACAUUAUACUACCCGCCGAAGACAAUAAUUCAGAUGACUCUGAUAAUUCAAGCUCAAGUUCAGAUUCGGAUUCAGAAUACAGUGACAACUCUGACAGUGAUUCUAGCGAUGAUGACAUAGAGAAGAAUAGAAUAAAAAGGAAAAAUCGUAAGAAUUCAAAAAACGUCAAAAUUAAGGGAACUCAAAUUACUAUUGACCUAGCAUUGUCAGCAUUUGCAAAUGCAUCUGAAUACUUUAACAAGAAAAAAACAAGCGCUGAAAAACAAAAGAAGGUGGAAAAAAAUGCUGAAAAGGCCUUGAAAAAUAUAGAAGAAAGGAUAAAAGUUCAAUUAAAUAAGAAAUUGAAAGAUUCUCAUGAUAUCUUAAAGAAAAUAAGAGCGCCAUAUUUCUUUGAAAGAUUCAAUUGGUUUUUUUCAAGUGAAGGGUUUUUGAUUUUAAUGGGUAAAAGUCCACUCGAUACAGAUCAAAUAUACAGUAAGUAUAUAGAAGAUGAUGAUAUUUAUAUGUCAAACAGUUUUGGAACCCAAGUAUGGAUAAAAAACCCAGAAAAAACAGAAAUUCCACCCAAUACUUUGAUGCAAGCUGGUGUCUUAUGUAUGUCAGCAAGUGAAGCAUGGUCAAAAAAGAUCGCUUCAUCGCCAUGGUGGUGUUUUGCUAAAAAUGUCAGUAAGUUCUCAAGUGAUGGUAAAUCAGUACUGGAACCCGGUUUAUUUAGAAUGAAAAAUGAUAAACAACAGAAUUUCUUACCACCUGCUCAAUUAGUUAUGGGUUUUGGGUUUUUAUGGAAAGUGAAAAUCGAAGAUGAAGGAGAUGCAGAUGAUAAUUUAAAUGAGGUAAGGGAAGAAGUCUUAACAGGUGAUGAGGAUAAUGUCGUUGAAAAAAUUGUAAACGAAUCUGCUGAUGUGACUGAUCAGAAUGAACUACUGAAAGAGGAUGAAGAAAUAGAGUCCUUCAAUGGUAUGAGUAGUAUAACGCAAGAAAUUAAUAAUUUGGAUAUUACUAACGCGGAUAAUAUUUCUAACCAACAGACUACCACUAACAAUAUUAAUGAAAUGGAUGCUAGUAAAACUGUUGCUACUGUCUUGACUAGUUUAUCUAAAAAUGUUCGUGGUAAAAAGGGUAAGCUAAAGAAAAUGCAAAAGAAAUAUGCAGACCAAGAUGAUAAUGAGAGGUUACUAAGAUUGCAAGUUUUGGGUACUUUGAAGGGGAUUGAAAAAGAACAAGAAAAACUGAAAGAAGAACUUUCCAGACAAGAGGAAAGAGAGAGGAAGAAACACAGACGUGAGAGACAAAAACAACUGCAAGCUUUAAGCUUCACUGAAAGUGAAAAAGUUAAAAUUAAUUACGACAGAUUAAGGACUGAAUUAAAAACUACACUAGAACCAGACGAUGAAAUUAUUGACAUAAUUCCUGUCUUUGCACCAUGGCCAGCAUUAUUAAAAUAUAAAUAUAAAAUUAAGGUACAACCUGGUACUGCUAAAAAACAAAAAACAGUAAAUGACAUUCUACAUCAUUUUUUAAAUAGAAAAACUGAUCCUAAUAACUGUGAUAAAGAAUUAGAUUGGGUUAGUGAACAUGAUAUUAUUAAAUCAUUAAAAGCUCAAGAUUUAAUAUUGUCCAUCUCUGCUGAUAAGUUAAAAAUUUCUAUUCCUGGUCAAAAUUCUCUAAAUGAUAGAUUAAAAGGGAAGAAAUCAGGCACUGGUAAAAAUGGUUUUAAAUCUAAAAAUAAAAAGAAGUAA